AUGACCCAUGCUCAGAGUCUCUUGGCCUGUAUGGCAUUCGCCGCUGGCGCCUUCGCGGCCGCGACUUACCCUCCCAAGCCGGCCGACCUGGCAACGCCAGUCCAGCAGCGUAUUGCUAUUGACGGCCCCAACAGCAUGGCCGUGAGCUGGAAUACAUAUGAGCCUCUGGACCAGGCAUGCAUCCAGUGGGGGACAACUGCGACCGAGCUCGCCAAUACAGUAUGCGCCGAUGAAACUUCAGUGACAUACCCGAGCUCGCGCACUUGGUUCCAUUCGGUAGUGGUCCGCAACUUGGCACCAGGUACCAAGUACUACUACAAGAUCAUGCGUGGGCAGUCGGAUGUCGAGCACUUUCUUAGCCCACGCGCAGCGGGCGACAAGACGCCAUUCAGCAUGAAUGCCAUCAUCGAUCUCGGUGCUUACGGCCAGGACGGAUACACCAUUAGCAGAAAUCAUGGUAGACGCGACAAUAUCCCUAACAUUCCCAUGUCCAUGAAUCACACUACCAUCGGUCGACUUGCUACUACGAUUGACGACUAUGAGCUCAUUAUUCAUCCUGGUGAUCUCGGCUACGCGGACACUUGGGCUGAAAAUCCAGCCAACAGAGAUGAUGGCGAGAACGCCUUCGCGUCCAUUCUCGAGAGGUUUUAUCUCCAGCUGGCCCCCAUCUCGCAGCGGAAGCCCUACAUGGUCAGCCCAGGCAACCACGAAGCCGCUUGCAAGCUGGAUCAUCACUAUAGCCAAUUCUGCCCCGAGGGGCAGAAGAACUUUACAGAUUUCCGGGUCCGGUUUGGCAAUAACAUGCCUACAGCUUUCGAAUCAAAGUCGGGUGACGAGACAGCCAAGGUCAAUGCUAACAAGGCUCAGAAGCUCGCCAAUCCCCCAUUUUGGUUCUCCUUCGAGUACGGCAUGGCACACGUGGUUAUGAUCGAUACUGAGACAGACUUUGAGAACGCUCCCGAUGGAAUCGGUGGCAGCGACGGGCUGGACAGCGGGCCCUUUGGUGCUCCCAAUCAGCAGCUCCAAUUUCUCAAAGCCGAUCUCGCCUCUGUUGAUCGCAGCGUCACGCCCUGGCUUAUCGUGGCCGGUCAUCGCCCAUGGUAUGUGGCCAACGGUCCGGGAUGUGUGUCUUGCAAAGCUGCUUUUGAGAAGCUUUUCUACGAGUACGGUGUCGAUGCUGGUGUCUUUGGCCACGUCCACAACUCGCAACGCUACGUGCCAGUCUACGAUGGCGUUGCAGAUCCUGCCGGCCUCAACGACCCCAAAGCGCCCAUGUACAUCAUUUCUGGCGGAACCGGCAAUAUCGAAGGCUUGGAGGAGUUUAAAGAGAUUCCUCCCUACAACGCAUUCGCAUACAAUGAGGAUUUUGCCUACGCCACUCUGCGGUUUGAAGACGCUCAGAAUAUGCGUGUCGAUUUUAUUCGCUCAGCCACGGGUGAGAUCUUGGAUAGCUCGGUGUUGCACAAAUCCCACAGCGAGCGAUUUGUCAGACAAUACGACGACGCUCCAGUUGAAGAGAUGACCGAAUUGAAAUUUGAUAAAAGAUAG